CACUCCUCUGGGUGUCUUUCCGGGUCUGCAUGCGGGGCGCUGGGCUGGGGUUUAGGGGCACAGUGCUAUGGUCUCCUGUUCCUAUUUCCUGUGCGCUCUGUGCUCUCAGCGGUCUGCCCCUCAACGCCCAGGGCCCUCCUCACGACCUCAUCCCCCGAUACUCACUCAAGGAGGUCGUGGCCCGGUGACAGGAGGGGCGCUGUGUCGAGUGCGACCCCCAGAUUGUUCUCGGUGCUAAAGGUACUGAUUAGGAUGAAUGUGAUUUGGAGAAAUUCCGUUUCCUGCCUAAGGAUAGGAAAAGUGCCACACAGAUACCAGAGUGGUUAUCACCCAAUAGCUCCUCUGGGAUCAAGGAUUUUAACUGACCCAGCCAAAGUUUUUGAACACAAUAUGUGGGAUCACAUGCAAUGGUCAAAAGAAGAAGACGCAGCAGCCAGAAAAAAAGUAGAGGAAAACUCAGCUGUGCGAGUCCUCCCAGAAGAACAAGUGAAGUAUGAGACUGAAGCUAGUAGAUAUUGGGACACAUUUUACAAGAUUCAUAAGAAUAAGUUUUUCAAAGAUCGUAAUUGGCUGCUGAGGGAAUUUCCUGAAAUUCUUCCACUUGAUCAAAAAACUGAAGACAAGGCGAGAGAAGUGUCUUGGGAUCAUGUGAAAACUAAUGCUGCAAAUUGUAUCUCAAGAAUACACUGCCCUACUAUGCCUGAAGAAAAAAAUCAAAAUAAGAAAACUUCUGGUUUGUCACAAAAGCAAGGCAAAGCAGGAUCUGAUUUUACCAACCUAGAUUAUGAAGAGCAUAGAAAAGGACCUCUGAAGACCGAAAUGUUUCCUGGUAGCAUGGCCACUUUCAGAAUACUAGAGGUUGGCUGUGGUGCAGGAAAUAGUGUUUUUCCAAUUCUGAACAUCUUGCAAAAUGCUCCAGAGUCCUUCCUCUAUUGUUGUGAUUUUGCUUCUCUAGCUGUGGAGCUAGUAAAGUCACACGCAUCCUACAGAGCAGCGCAGUGUUCUGCCUUUGUUCAUGAUGUAUGUGAUGAUGGUUUACCCUACCCUUUUCCAGAUGGGAUCCUGGAUGUCAUUCUCCUUGUCUUUGUGCUCUCUUCUAUUCAUCCUGACAGGAUGCAAGGUGUUAUAAACCGACUAUCCAAGUUACUGAAACCAGGGGGAAUACUGUUAUUUCGAGACUAUGGAAGAUAUGAUAUGACUCAGCUUCGUUUUAAAAAGGGGCAUUGUUUAUCUGAAAAUUUUUAUGUUCGUGGAGAUGGUACAAGAGCCUAUUUCUUUACAAAAGGGGAAGUCCAAAAUAUGUUCUACAAGGCUGGGUUACAUGAGAAGCAAAAUCUGGUUGAUCGGCGCUUGCAAGUCAAUAGAGAAAAACAAGUGAAAAUGCACCGUGUAUGGGUUCAAGGCAAAUUCCAGAAACCAUUGCACUUGACUUAAAACAGCUCUAAAUUGAUAUUUUCACUCAUUUCUGAUCACUGAACGAGGUACCAUGUUAAGGUACAAAACUGGAGACUGCACUAUUCAAAGAUUUCUGCAAAGCUUUCAUUUCUCAAAAGACAAAAAAAAAAAAAAAGAAAAUUUAUAUAUCC